UUUUGUUUUGUUUUUAUUUUUUUUCAUCUGGAUCUCGACCAAUCAGAUUUCAGCACUAAUCUAUUGAAGGUUUGACUUUAAAUCAGUCUAACUGGUUAGUAAAGAGUGGACAUGUGGCAUUUAAAUGACGUCAUCUGCUAAAAGCAGUAAAGCAGGUUGGUUAUGAAACACCGGAAGGCGGAGUUAAUAACCAAUUAAACGAUCUGACACUACUACUACUACUACUACUAAUACUAAUAAUAAUAAUAAUAAUAGUAUUAAUAAUUAUUAUAAUGCACAGAGGAUACAUUUGUUUUUGGAACUGACAUCUAUAGUCAGUUGAUCACGUCACAGCUGUCUGCGACAAACCGUAGUGUAAGCUCUGAUUAGAGCAUCAGCUGAUGCUACACCUUUUCAGCACCGCGGACAGCUCCGUUCUGCAUACCGAGCAGAUGGCGACGGUUAUAAAAAGCCCGCAUGGAGCGUCUCUGCACCGGACAUUCACCACGACAGCCUGAGCCACAGCAUGGAGAACAGAUCCUUCUUUCCGCACAGAAUCACUCAGGAUGAGUGUUUACAGAACAAGCCGAAACGUGCCGCAUUAGAUAUCGGUGUCGUGUCCACGGGCAUGAAUCUGAUCAACCCGGGGACAAGAAAGUUUAAUGAGAAAGAAUUGAUGCAUGGCUUGAACGACCGUCUUGCGGGAUUCAUAGAGAAGGUGCACCAUCUGGAGUACCAGAAUCAUCUGCUGGAGAGAGAGAUUGGGGAGAUAAGAGGGAAAGCAAAACCCGCAUCUUGUCUGGAGGAGGAGUACGGACCAGAGCUGAGGAAACUGAGGCAGCUGGUUCAGGACAUCACUCAUCAGAAGCAUCAGAUUGAAAUCGAGCAUCAGAAUUUGGAGGAAGAGCUGUCCAACUUAAGAGGACAGCACGAGCAGGAGGCGCGCAGCAGAUCAGACGCAGAGAGCAACAUUGUGGUCCUCAAGAGGGACAUCAAUGACGCGUAUCAGGCUAAACUACAGCUGGACAAGAAAGCGCAGGCUCUGGUGGAUGAAAUCCACUUUCUGAAGAAGAACCAUGAGGCCGAAGUGUCAGAGAUGUUCGACCACAUCCAGGGUGCGCAGGUGACUGUCAAGACGCAUGAAUUUGGCAACCCUGGCGUCACUGCGGCACUCCGGGACAUCAGGGCGCAACUGGAAGGUCAUGCAUUGUCCGACGUCCAUCAGAUGGGAGAAACUUUCCGAUCUCAGUUUGCAAGAUUAACGGAGGCAGCCGAGAGCAAGAGAGAGGCGUUAAAAGCGACCCAGCAAGAGAUUCAGGAGUACAGGAGGCGCCUGCAGGCCAAGAACAUCGAACUGGACUGCGCUAAAGGCACCAGGGAAGCGCUGGAGAGGCAACUUCAUGACGUCGAGGAUCGCCACAAGGAAGAGAUGAUUCAUUACCAGAACACAAUCAAGGAACUUGAAAAUGAGCUCAUAAAUUGCAAAUUUGACAUGUCUGGCUACCUGCGGGAAUACCAGGACCUGUUAAAUGUGAAGAUGGCUUUGGAUGUGGAGAUACUGUCUUACAGGAAGCUUCUCUGCGGUGAGGAGGCCCGGCUAUCCACAAUGUCAGACAGCCACAUCUCCCUGCCCUACAUCUACCACCAGUCCCCCAUCUACACCUUGCCCUGCCUCAGUCGACCGGGAGGCCCGCACAGACGAGCUGAGCCCCAGUACAAGUUUGUUGAGGAGAUCAUUACGGAGACAACCAGGGAAAUUGAGAUGUCAGAAUUUGAGGAGACAGGAUCGGAGGGGACGGAGGUGGAAAAAGACAAGCAUGAGUAUAACAAAAGAGAUAGAGGGAGCAGUGAGGAAGAGAACGAUAAUAAAGACGGUCGAGAGGAAGAAGGUGAGCAGAUCUGUGACGCUGAGCAGAAUCAAGUAGCAUCAAAUAUAGUGAAUGGAGGUGAUGAUGGAAGUCCAAGUGAGGUGGAUGAUGAGGAAACAGGUCAAUGUAAAGAAGAGUCAGAGGAGACUGAAGCAGUGGACAAUGAAGGCGACAGGAUAGAUACAAAUAAUCAAAGUAAUGUUUUAUUAAGUGAGGAGGAAGAAAAUGAGCAACAUGAAAAAGUAGAGAAAGAAGCUGCAGUGACGACGGUAACAGUUCAGAAAGAUUUCUCUUUAAAGCCAGAGGUCCCUGCGGAGGAGGACGGACCUCUAAAGAAAUCUGAUGAUGGUAAAAAGGGAAAUGCUGAGAAAGCUAGUUUAACCUCAGCUCAAACCGAGAAGCCUGUUGACGAGGCCUCGGCCCAAAUGUCCAAAGAAUCAGACAAAACCCAAGAGCUAAGCAGUGUUCAAGUACAAGAUAAGGUUCCCACUUCAGCAACAUCUGAGAAAGCUGCAGACUUUAAAGAAGAGGGAGAGAACACACUGUCCACACAGAGAGAAAAGCUUUCAGGAAAGGCUCAAGAAUCUUUAAGUACAACACCAAACAGUGAGGCAAAAGAGAACCACCAUACAGAGCCAAAGGGAAUCAGUGAAUCUGGAGCUGCAAAAGGUGAGGACAAAGUAGCAAAAGGCAUUCAGGAUGCUCAACAUGGUAGCAAUAACAGUCAAGAUAAAGAAGCUGAAGUGAAAAGUCUUCCCAUAGUAGAGGAUCAGAAGCCAAACAGUGGGGAACAAACCCAAACAGUCCAAACUGGGUUGCCAAGGGAGAUGCCAGCUGUCAAGGCAGAAAUCAAAGAGUUGCAACAGGGGGCACCGGAAGGAAGCCAGGUCCAGGAACCAAAGCUGUCUGAAGUUUCUGAGAAAGUAAAGGAUCUUCAAGGUAAAACUGAGAAGGUGGAGAGUAGCAAGUCAGAAAAGUAAGAGGAAAGAGAACAUCAGCCAAGGAUAAAAGACAUUUCCAGCUUAAAUUUAAAAAGACAGCAGCUGACAGGCAAAUAUCAGGGAUAGUGAAGCUGAAAAUAGAGAAUGGCUUAACUAAUGCACAUGCAAAUAAAAGGUAAAAGCUGAGCCAAGCAAAGAAAAGGAAGCUGAAAUUUCUCCACAGAAUGACCAUUUUAAAGGAAGACAGAGCAUGAUACGUUUGUUUGCUCCAGCUUUGCCUUGACCUUUAAAUGUGAUGCAUUCAAAUAUUUUGACUCACCACCUACUGUUAUCAUGAAUGUAAAAGAUGCAAAGUUACAUUUGAAAUUGUGUAUCUAUUUGCUUUGAUGUGCUGUCAAAUAAAUGCAAUACCCCGAAAAAAAACGCCUCUUUUUGCCAACCACCUUGUCAAAUGUUAAUGUGGAUAAAAUUUGUUUAUACAAUGAACGACUCAGUAAGUGUG